AGUUAGAGGCAGGACAUGAUUACAGUUGGACCUCACCCUAAAUGCAUACUCCACUUGGCUGCAGAAACGUUUGAGCCAAAUGUGAGUUCAUACUACAUAUAAAUGUUGCGGAUAGUUCAAAGGUAGCUGAUUUCUGUGGGUUUGUUCUCAGGCUGAACAAGUUCUUAUCAGUGAAGUGAAUUUUGUUGAACAAUCAUAUGAAAGUUAAACAUUUUUUUACAAGUAAGUAAACAAGUGUCUCAGAAGUAAUAAGCAGAUUUGGAUUAAGCGACGGUAUUUUAUAUGGGAUUAUUUGUUGUGAUAAUGGCAAAGCUGGAAAUGUACCAUAGCAAUUCUACAUAUAUAUUAUACCAUACCUCAUCUGAAGUAACAUAACCUCUCCAUUUCAGAUUAGUCCAUCAACCAUUUUAUGUGCAGUUAAUAUAUGUGGAACAGGUGCACAUGGGGACUGAAAGAAGUAUAAUUUGCCACGAGUAGUUCUUGAAGAUGUUCCUUGGAACUGUUUUGUUGUGUUUUUCUUUCAUCUGCUUAUUAAGCCUUUCAAAACCGAAUAUUGUCAAUAACAAUACAGAUAGUAAAGGGAGUUCUGGAUCAACCAUCCCAUAUCCUGAUAACACUGUAGGCCCAUCAAGAACUUCAGAAACGUCCACUGAAUAUGUGAAGACACUGACAAGCAAAGGUGGGAACUAUACAGGAAAAGAAUUUGCAUCACAAUCCACAUUCAGUUAUUCAGCCACAUAUGCACCUGGAACUCUGAGUACUGGAGAAUUAGAAUGUGCAGAAGGUCCUGAAAAAGUUGAGAAUUUAAGUGUGACUGAAGGGUCUCAUGCAAUAACAUUAAACUGGACAAACCCAAGUAAAAAUGAUUCCUGUGUCACACAUUAUGUCAUAGAGUGGAAAUCCACUAUGUAUGAGAACAGCAGCAAUGGCAGUCGUACUACAAAAGAAUUCUUUGUCAUAGAGGGACUUGAAGCUUGUGUAAAUUAUGAAGUCUCUGUUAGGGCUAUGGACAGUAAUACUAAUAUUUCAGAACCUGAAGUCAGAAAUGUAACAACACUCACAGAUGUUCCUGGGCCAGUUGUAGAUUUAGAUGUGAAAUCAAGUCCACACAGUGUUAGUCUGGAGUGGAUGAAACCAAGUAAUGAUGGUGACUGUGUUACACAUUAUGCCAUAUCUUGGAGACACACUGGAAGUGAAAACACUACUAGCAUUGACAUUGGAAAGGAGGAAUACUCCUUUGUCAUAGGAAAUCUUGAUGCCUGUGUAGAAUAUGAAAUAUCUGUUAGUGCUGUAAAUGAGAAUGAAGAGGGGAAUAUCACAUCAGUUAACAGAACAACAGAAACAGUUGUUCCUGGGCCAGUUGUAGAUUUAGAUGUGAAAUCAAGUCCACACAGUGUUAGUCUGGAGUGGAUGAAACCAAGUAAUGAUGGUGACUGUGUUACACAUUAUGCCAUAUCUUGGAGACACACUGGAAGUGAAAACACUACUAGCAUUGACAUUGGAAAGGAGGAAUACUCCUUUGUCAUAGGAAAUCUUGAUGCCUGUGUAGAAUAUGAAGUAUCUGUUAGUGCUGUUAAUGAGAAUGAAGAGGGGAAUAUCACAACAGUUAAUAAAACAACAGAAACAGUUGUUCCUGGGCAAGUUGUAGAUUUAGAUUUGAAACCAAAUCCACACAAUAUUAGUCUGCAGUGGAUGAAACCUAGUAAUGAUGGUGACUGUGUUACACAUUAUGCCAUAUCUUGGAGACACACUGGAAGUGAAAACACUAAUAGCAUUGACAUUGGAAAGGAGGAAUACUCCUUUGUCAUAGGAAAUCUUGAUGCCUGUGUAGAAUAUGAAAUAUCUGUUAGUGCUGUAAAUGAGAAUGAAGAGGGGAAUAUCACAUCAGUUAACAGAACAACAGAAACAUUUGUUCCUGGGCAAGUUGUAGAUUUAGACUUGAAACCAAAUCCACACAGUGUUAGUCUGCAGUGGAUGAAACCAAGCAAUGAUGGUGACUGUGUUACACAUUAUGCCAUAUCUUGGAGACACACUGGAAGUGAAAACACUAAUAGCAUUGACAUUGGAAAGGAGGAAUACUCCUUUGUCAUAGGAAAUCUUGAUGCCUGUGUAGAAUAUGAAAUAUCUGUUAGUGCUGUAAAUGAGAAUGAAGAGGGGAAUAUCACAUCAGUUAACAGAACAACAGAAACAGUUGUUCCUGGGCCAGUUGUAGAUUUAGAUGUGAAAUCAAGUCCACACAGUGUUAGUCUGGAGUGGAUGAAACCAAGUAAUGAUGGUGACUGUGUUACACAUUAUGCCAUAUCUUGGAGACACACUGGAAGUGAAAACACUACUAGCAUUGACAUUGGAAAGGAGGAAUACUCCUUUGUCAUAGGAAAUCUUGAUGCCUGUGUAGAAUAUGAAAUAUCUGUUAGUGCUGUAAACGUGAAUGAAGAGAAAAAUAUCACAACAGUUAAUAAAACAACAGAAACAGUUGUUCCUGGAGAAGUUGUAGAUUUAGAUUUGAAACCAAAUCCACACAAUAUUAGUCUGCAGUGGAUGAAACCUAGUAAUGAUGGUGACUGUGUUACACAUUAUGUCAUAUCUUGGAGACACACUGGAAGUGAAAACACUACUAGCAUUGACAUUGGAAAGGAGGAAUACUCCUUUGUCAUAGGAAAUCUUGAUGCCUGUGUAGAAUAUGAAAUAUCUGUUAGUGCUGUAAACGAUAAUGAAGAGGGGAAUAUCACAGCAGUUAAUAUGAAAACCGAAACAGAGGUAACUGGAGCACCUAAAUAUGAAGAUAUAUUAUGCUUGGAAUCUGAAAAAGCUUGUUUAAAAUGGAUGUUACCUGACCUCAGCUCUAACAAAUGCCAACUUCAGAAUUGCACUGUUGUGUGUAAUGCACUGGAACCCCCUGGACUUCCUCUUAAAAAUGGAGUAUCAGGGGAAUUUCAAAAUGACUUCGUUGUUGUAGAUGUUAUUGGACUUUCAUCGUCUACAAGUUAUAGCUGUGUGGCUUAUAUUACAAAUGAGGGUGGCACAUCCAAGAAUGGUUCAAGUACACCAUUUACAACUGAGCAAGAUGUGCCAGUAGGAGUGAUUGUGGGUGUCCUGUCUGCCAUCAUAAUAGUGGGACUACUUGCAGUUGUGUUUGUCACAUAUCAUAAAGGUACUCUGGUUUGGCCACCCAAACUGUUUGCAAGAGCUAAGCAAGCUACUGUGCGACCUCAGCCUGUCCUUGUAAAAAAGUUUCCAGAGUACUGUGUUCAAAUGUUGGAGAUGCCCACUAGGCUAGGCAGUGAGUACCAACUGUUGGCAACACUCAGUGUUGAUAUAUCUGCGUCUAGCUCCUGUGUAAAUGGACAAAUGCCAGAAAAUAAGUGGAAGAACAGAUACGUCAAUAUAUUACCAUAUGAUGAUACAAGAGUGACACUUGAUUUGAUUGAUGGAGACCCGAGUUCUCAUUACAUCAAUGCAUCAUUCAUUAAGGGUUACAGUAACGAUAUUGAGUACAUAGCCACACAAGGACCAAAGGAGGAAACAUGUUUGGACUUCUGGCGUAUGGUUUUUCAACAUGAUGUCUCUGUUAUUGUUAUGGUUACCAAUCUUGUAGAACAAGACAAAGUCAAAUGUCAUCAGUAUUAUCCAGAUCUUCGUGAAAACAUAGUUUUUGGAGAUAUGACAAUACGCUGCACUACAGAGGUCAAUUUUCCCAUUCAUACUGCUCGGACACUUGUCCUGGUGAAGGGUGAUAAGAAAAGAAAAUUGUCGCAUCUACACUUCAGGGAGUGGCCGGAUUUUGGUGUUCCACAAAGCACAGAUAUCAUGAUCCAUUUCUGCCAGACCAUGAGACACCACAUGUUAGCAGCUGAACAGGGUCUUAUUCUUGUCCACUGCAGUGCUGGAGUCGGAAGAACUGGUACACUUAUUGCUGUAGAUAUCUUACUGCAGCAUAUCUCUGAAAAUAAGAAGGUGGACAUAUUUGGUACUGUAUUUAAAUUGCGCAAACAGCGCACCAAUAUGGUACAAACAGAGGGGCAGUACAAAUAUAUAUAUAGGUGCAUUAAAGAUGCGAUAGAAGACCCAACAAUUGUAAAUCCAGCAACAGCAACAAAUAACCCGCUGGAGCCUAUCUACGAGAAUGUGGGCACCUCUCUCAAUUCUCUACAGUAUGAGAAACUACCCAAGGUGAGCUCGAAGAAUAGCAGCUCGGAAAGUGAAUGUGAAUUGUAGAACUAAUACAUUGGAAGAAGAAGGAUCAGGAGGCUUAAUGCUUAACAAGGAAGUGUGAACAUCAUGAAGACAAUAGCUGGUACUGUAAAUAAGAUAGUCUUUUUACAGUAGAAACUUCGAUAAUCAUGUAAUCUCCAACCCAAUAUUAUUAUAAAAAUUGUUAACCCUUUCCAUGUUGGUUUCUUAUUUAAAUAAACACUCCAUCAUUGUA